GGAAGGAAUCACAUGACAGACCAUGUCACAACACAAGGUAGUGCAGUGAGCAAGGGGAGCUGGGCUGAUGGAUGAAGACGGGCUGCCUAUAGUGGGCUCUGGGAUUGACCUCACUAAGGUCCCACCUAUUCAGCAGAAAAGAACAGUGGCAUUUUUGAACCAGUUUGUUGUGCACUCUGUUCAGUUCCUUAACCGGUUUGCUACAGUUUGUGAAGAGAAACUUUCUGCCUUGUCCCUACGUAUUCAGCAGAUUGAAACAACCCUUAAUAUUUUGGAAGCAAAGCUGUCCUCCAUCCCUGGCCUUGAAGAUGUCAAAGUUGAAACGCAACAUGUCCCUCAGAGUAACAUAUCUAAUGGUCAUCUGCCAAGUCAGCCUGAUGCACAGUCAGUUAUAGUAUCUCCUCAGUCUGAUAACAAUUCCAUAAGUGAUGGUAUUCUUCAAAAAGAGGAGGCAAAAUCGGAAAACAUUACAACUGUUUCGAAAGAUCCUAGAUAUGCCCGAUAUCUAAAGAUGGUCCAAGUGGGUGUCCCAGUGAUGGCUAUCAAGAAUAAAAUGAUUUCAGAAGGGCUAAAUCCAGACCUUUUAGAAACUCCUGAUGCACCAGUGCCAGAUGGAGAAGCUGAAGCAGAAGAAAGUUCCGACAGUGAGUCUUCCUUCAGUGACUGAGAGCAUUUAGACUCCUCCUAAUCCGGGCAGAUUUGUUCCCACUUAUUGCAGGCAUCUGAUCUGCCUGUUAUCUCAUUACUGUCAGUUUACAUAGAUACACGUUGUAGCUACAAGUGUAGUAUUUUAGGACAAAAUGUGCCUUAGUGUUAAACCUGUUGAUGCCUCAGAGCUGUAAGGUAUAUAAAAUAACCUUGUGUGGUAUCCCAAAACUUAAUACGUUUAUUUGAUUUUUUUUUUCUUUUGUCUCAUAUACAGUAAACUUCUCCAUAAACCCUUUUUAUUGAACUAACAGGAAAAAUGCACUAAAAAAAAUACAGGCACCUGUGUAUAAAUAUAUAUAUAUAUAUAAAGUGUAUAUGUUAAACUAUCAGGAUUAUCCUAUUUGUAUGUUUAUUAUUCACAUUUAAUGCACAAGUGGGUAUUACUGUACUUAGGGAAAUAAAACAGGCCCAUGCUGUGAGCAUGCACACACACUUGCCAGUACCCAUUCUGCUUUCCACUUUAUCAAUUUUCCAAAAUUGCUCUUCGAUCCAUCUUUAAGUAAAGUAUAUAUCCCCUCUUUGUUUGGCCUGUCGGGGUCUGUUGCCAUCCAUACAACAGCAUUGCCAUCCAUACAACAGCCAUGGUGCUUAAAUGAGUUGUAGCCUUUGAAUGACUCCAUUUCCAUUUAAUAAAUAUGGAAAAUAAUAUUUGUCUAAAUUUUUGAAUGGUGUAUUAUUUGGUCAGUCACAUUGCCCAGCUUAGUAUCUGCUUUGAUGCCAACCAUCUGUAUAUUUAAAGACAGUUUUUCAAAGGUUUCUGUAGAAAGCAAUAUACUUAUAAACUCAAGUUUCCUGCUCAGCAACAAUAUUUUUGUUUCACCUUUGCCUUAUAGCCUUUUAGGGUGAGCGCAUCCGUCCAUUCAGGUAUAGGCUAUAACAGUAGCUUGUUUUUAAGCCAUAUGUGUGCAGCAUCUGGCAUCCUCGACGUGUAUUCAUCUUCACAUCUCUGAUUUAAGCUAAUUAGGGUAUUCUGUGCAGUGAAAUAAAAAGAGUUGCAUGUAGAUACUGAUGCAUGAUAGGCUGAAAAUCACUGUCCAGAAUACAUGAUUUUGUUUUCCUUCAUUUACCAUUAAAAAAGACAAGAUCCUCAUUGUGUUUGUUUCUGUUGUGUCUAUUUCUAUGAAUGUAUUAAUAAAGAAAAUGUUAGCCAAGCAUGGAUAGCAAUUACUUUGUACCAAUAUAUCCUGUAAAUAGAUGCUUUGUUUCUUUGUAGUGUCUAACUUUUGCCAUCAGGUCUUGUAAGGCCAAAAGUGUUUAAAGGAUUAGGCUGAAACAUGUUGUAAACUAUGUUUUGGGCUUCUGUACCAGUCCAAGGCAACCACAGCCCUUUAGCAGGGGAAAAUCUGUGCCCCCAGUAGCUCCCCAUCUUCUUUUCUAUGGAUUCCCUGCCAUGCUCUGUGCUGCUGUCACUUACUGAGCUUAGGGACUGACUCACAAUGUACUGUAUAUAAAGAAUAUACAUGUCGCAAUUAUAAGGCUGAAAUAGUAAAUAAGUAAAAGCCUUAUGCAUGUGAUUUAUAUAACCAGUUUCUGUGCUUAAUGCUGCAAAAUCUUUUUGUAACAGCUCAGUAAAUGACCUUAUAAUGUUUGGUCAGUAUGUGGUUUUUCCAGAGAGCCAGUUGGUUGUCCUAACAGGAAAAUAUGACUCAUAGCUGAAAUUUGCUUAAGGUUUUUAUUGUGUGCUACUUGUUGUACCUUUUUUUAUACAUGGCUACAUUUAGUGCUGAUAACCUUUUACAGCAGCAAGAUCACUCCUAGCAGUGUAUUCUACAAAUUAACCAGAAGAGGAAAAGUAAAUAUGUAAUUGUGCAGUGAAUGGUGAAGCUCAGACACAACAUUUACUUGCACAGAUCCAUGUGUUUAAUAAAAUAACUUGCUUAAUUGUUAA